AUGAUGCGCAGACAGCUUGGUUCGGUAAAUGUUUGCGCGUCUUUGUCUCGUACUCUGCUAAAUGUCACUGCGUUAGGCAUCGAGCGGCCACAAGGCGGAGAAGUCCCAAUCUUUAAGGACUACGGUCGAUACGAUUACUUGCUCUCGACUACGGUAGAGGAAUGGAAGGUGAAGGGCGCACAGAGUGGGAGAGAUGGCAGAACCCCUAGCUUGGUGUCCUUUGUCGGACAAUCAGGUGCUGGAAAGAGCUCCUUGAUAAAACUGUUGAUCGACCUGCGAUUGACCGGUGACGAUGCCUGGCCAACGCCAGUCGUAGGCGGUACGGGAGUGAUCGAGCCUACCUCCGAGGACGUACAUCUCUACGCUGAUCCGGUCACAGCAAUUACUGAGGCACCCAUAUUCUUUGCUGACUGCGAAGGGCUUUCUGGCGGUGAACGUGAACCGAUAAGUGCCAAGUUCAGACGGCAGCUGAAACAAACGAACGGGGCAAACGCCAAUUUACCACAGCCCAUCUCUGAGCGCGAACUGGGUUGGGCAGACACAAACAGUCUGCGCAGCCGAGAGUUCGCAGUUACCAAUCUAUAUCCGCGGCUGUUGUACACAUUCUCCGAUGUCAUUGUAUUUGUUCUCAAGAAUCCACGUGUCAUAGAAAGCGUAUUAGAGCAGCUCGUUACUUGGGCUGCAGCAGCUCUCGAGAUGUCUUCCAACCAACCUGUCCUACCACAUGUCAUUAUCGCACUUAACGCAUCUGACCUCGACAUUGACGAGCUUCAAUGGGAUCCGGACAUCGCUACUGCUUCUGUUCUUGGGUCUCUAUCGCGCACAGUCUUCAAGAACGCGGUGUUCAAGAAGUACGCCCAGUUCUGGCGUGAACGACAGCGACAGAUUGAGACUGUGGAGCAGCUAAUCCAAUCAUACUACACCACAAUCAGAGUGGUCCGUAUACCUACGAGGGAGCGCCCUCCUUUAGUUCAGGCUCAGAUCAGAAGCCUCCACGCCAACAUCACCGUUGCCUGCGAGAUGGCGAGAGACCGGAAGACCGAACUUCGAAUGCUGCUCGACGCCGAGGAGCUUCAAUCGUACCUACAAUGCGCAUUUGAUCACUUCGCCGCUUCUCUUGACCGCCCUUUCGACUUCGUACAAGCCUCAUUCUCGAACAGCCCUAUUCCGCUAGACUUUGGUGGCAACAUACUGAAAUUGGCAAUAAGAAUCAUGCAUGUUUGGCGCAAUAAGGCGGACGCCCAGCAGAUAUUCCAAGAGCUAAGCUAUAUGGUAGCUUCAUGCAUCAUGUUGGAUUGUGCACGCCAAAAAACACGAGGUACUGCAACGGAUAUUUUCCCACUCUACUUGGUACAUCUUGACGCAGCCUUGGAGAACUUUUGCGACGGUCAUUGGCCUUGCGAGUACGUGCAGCUGGUCACAGAUUUGCGUUGUGUUAAUGUGAAGAGUGGCCACGGUUCGAAAGGCCAUCAGACUGCGAACGGCAAUAUCAUUGCAGUUGGAGAAUACAUGUCCCGCUGGAACUACGAAACACUUCACGAAGAGUUCAUCAACAACUCCUACUACAGGCUUGAGGAGCUCCUGGAGCGCCUGAAACGAAACAAGGCGCCGGGCGAUGACGAGAUGCAGGUCGCUGCUGAUAUUCACCGAGACGACGUGAUGACCUGCGGCGGCAUCCGUGGUAUUGUUGAGUUGGAGAUCCUGCAAGGUAUAGAGACUGCACUUGGAGGUCAAUUACGCAUUCAACAUCUCAUCGACCUCAUUGUAGGAACGAGUACCGGUGGACUUGUUGCUCUGGGUCUCGCAAGCCGUAAUUGGACUGUGGAGACCUGCAUCAACAAAUUCAAAGAGCUCUGUGACAAAGCAUUCACCCGUCGGUUCGGUAGUAAUAUGCCUCUCAUCGGAUGGUUCGUCGACAACAUCAAUCAUUCAAAAUAUGAGACCACGCCAUUGCAGGAAGCAUUACAAAAUGCUUUCACGGAAGACCAAUACCUCUUCGGAGGUCAGCGUCUAGAUCAAAACUGGACCUCUCCAGUCAAAGUCGCUGUCACGACCACUUCCUCAUCGUCGUCACCAGUAGUCCUAGCCAACUAUAAUCGCCGCUGCGAAGGGAAGCUUUCGUAUCAGUUCCAGCGACCUGAAAGCGUCAAGAACGAGUUGAAGACUUGGGAAGCUGCACGAGCAACGUCCGCAGCACCACGAUACUUCCGACCCUAUCUUCACGAAUCGUCCAAGCAGAUAUACAUGGAUGGCGCACUUUACCACAAUAAUCCGAUCCGUAUAGCGGACACCGAGUGGAAGUUGAUCUGGAGUAGGGGUCCAAUCACGCAUCCUGACCUUAUGCUAUCUCUUGGAACGGGGUUGGCUGCAGAUCAAGACGAGAGAUCAUUGAAGAGCCCAAUCUCAAAGCGAGGACUGAUCCGCAACGGGAAGAUGCUUCUAAAAAUUGCCACGGAUCAUAUCGCAGACGCACUAGACUGCGAGAAGGCCUGGGACGACUAUGUCAGGCCUCUCAUCCUUCAAGAUUCCUCAUCAAGGUUCGUACGGUACAACGUCGAGAUUGACGGCGAACUGCCAAGUCUCGACGACGUCAAAUCUCUUCAACCGCUCCAAGACAAGGUAUCAAGAAAGGUCUCGCAAGACCCUCGCAUCACGAAUAUAGCAUUUCAACUCGUGGCUACUUGUUUCUACUUUGAUGUUGAGCGCAUACAGCAAUUUGUACAGAAUUCCGCGGUCGCCUCGGGUCGCUUAUAUUGCCGUUUCGCAGAUGGCUCUCUCGAAAUGCAAGAGUUGGGAAGGCUCAUUCGCACUCAGUCUUAUCGAGACAAGAAUCCACUCUUCCUCGUGAGGGAGAAGGGCAUGCAUGGCAAAAUUGAAUCACGGGAGCUAAGUCCUGAUAUAGUUGGAUCCAUGAUCAGUCAGGGCAAGUUUCCGAUGCGCAAGAUGAACAUUCAGCUGCGCAACAAGCUCUCUGAUGUGGAGAUCUACUUCUUUCUAAACGAUGCGCAACAGCAUUCCAUCAGUGGAUUUCCUCGUUGUUUGUUCAGUGAUGGAAACGACAAAGCCAUUGAUCCGCUCUACGCAGAUCCAAGGGACCAAGCUAGCCGAAGAACAGACUCUGUCGUCGACGCAACUGCUUCAGAUGUCUCUGAUCAACAAGCAAUCCUUCCGGGCGAUACUGAGUCCGAGACGGCUGUUGCCCGAAGAAACCAACUCGCUCACUCUUCGUCUGAAGUAGCUCCAACUGCACACAAUCACAUCACUACACAUGAUGAGGACUACGUGGCUUUUACAUGCCCACGACGCGAGCCUCGUGACCUUAUGGAAGAAGAGGUGUACCGAAAAAGGACAACGAGACUGGUCGUCCCAGUGCAGAAGACGCAACCUGAAGUUACGGCGGCCAUAUCUGCGUCCGUGGAACAGGACACUGCAGAAGCGACCUCAAUUGUCGUGCCACCAACUCCUUCUCCGGAGAUUGUACCCAUUCAACGUGUACCCAGUCUGCCGCACACACUACCUCCACUGGAUGCCUUCGAGACUGUAAGCUUCUCCAUCAAUAUGCCCGGAAGUGCACCUACAGAUAGUCCCGUCCCUCUUUCCAACGACCCAGACACAAACAACCAGUGGCGCUGGGACAUCCAAUUCUGA